UUAGUCCCUGUGUAAUAAGAUUUGAAAUUGGAAUGAAAAAAAAGCGAGUAAAAAAUGAUUUUUCUGAAAAUUUUAAAGAAACUGACUGUCUGCUGUCGAAUGAUAAAGCUGAAACAAAACCAAGAUCUUCUAUCUCAGAGCCGCAACCAACGCAAUCAAGUCCAAGUAACAGAGUUUGCAGUCGAAAAGUAUCUAUAUGGGCACCGCCAGUUACGGAAACCAAAUUUGAAGAUAUACCCGUGUUGACAAUUUGUCCGUAUUGCAAUCAGAAAGGCGUUACAAAAACUCAUUUAAAAAGAAGCCGAAAACGAUGGCUUUGCUGUUGGUGCCUUCCGCUACUAUUGAAUGUUUUUAAAGAUGUCAUCCAUACUUGUUCAAAAUGUAACAAACAGAUUGCAAUUUACAAUAGAUUUAUUCAAAGACGAAGAUCGGAAGAUACUAGCGAAAAUAACUAAGUUGAAAGAUUUCGACAGCUUUUACAAUAAAGACCAACGGAGGAAAAUAAUCUCAAAUUAUUAUUUUUUUAUUGACAUUAUUUUAUACGAUAUUGUUAUAAAAUUAUCAAAACGUU